CAACACAGAGACAACAACAAUGAUAGCUUUGCUGCUGCUGCUGGCGCUGGUCGCUCACUCCUCCGCUUUGCCUCUGCCGUCUGAGGACAAAGACAACUGGCUUUUAGCAGAGAAAUACCUUCGUCGCUUCUAUGGUCUGCCAGCUGGUCUUCAAGGGAAACAGAAGGGAUCAGGUGCCUUUGAGUCCAAGGUCAAGGAGAUGCAGAGAUUCUACAAACUCAAGGUGACAGGGAAUCUGGAUGACAGCACUUUGGAGCUGAUGCAGCAGGCCAGAUGUGGUGUCCCUGACAUCGGGGAGUACAACCACUUCCCUCGACAUCUCAAAUGGCAAAACAACAACGUCACAUUCAGGAUCUUGAAUUAUACACCAGAUCUGAAGAAGUCUGACGUAGACAGGGCCAUUCGCAGAGCGCUGAAUGUUUGGUCUGAUGUAACUCCCCUGACCUUUAAGAAGCUGCACAAUGGCAAUGCUGACAUUAUGAUCAGCUUUGGAUCAAAAGAACACGGAGACUACAACCCAUUUGACGGGCCUAAUGGACUGCUGGCUCAUGCCUACCCACCAGGCCAAGGCAUCGGAGGAGACACUCACUUUGAUGAGGACGAGCACUGGACCAAAGAUUCAUCAGCUUACAACCUGUUUAUAGUGGCAGCCCAUGAGUUGGGCCACGCCCUCGGUAUGUCCCACUCCGCAGACCCAGGUGCCCUGAUGUAUCCCAUCUACACUUACACCACCACCUACCCGUUGUCUGAAGAUGACAUUGAAGGCAUCCAAGCUCUCUAUGGUCCAAACCCAAACCCAAAGAAAGUGAAGCCAAGACCUGAUGCACCAAGCAAGUGUGACCCCAUGCUGAGUUUUGAUGCUGCCACAGAGCUCAGAGGGGAGACCAUCAUCUUCAAAGACAGAUUCUACUGGCGUCUCCAUCCUCAGAUGCCAGAGCCUGAGCAGACAUUGAUCAAGUCCACAUGGCCCUCUUUACCCAACAAGGUGGACGCAGCUUACGAGAACCCAGAAAAGGAUCUAGUCAUCAUAUUCAGCGGGAUCCGAAUGUGGGCUUUGAAUGGGUAUAACCUUGUGGAUGGUUAUCCGAAGUACAUACACAAACUCGGCCUUCCCAAGACCAUAAGGAAAAUAGAUGCGGCUGUGUACAUCAGAGAUUCAGGAAAAACUCUGCUCUUCACCGAUGAAGACUAUUGGAGCUACGAUGAAGCGACAGGCACCAUGGACAGUGGCUACCCACGAUCCAUUGAGGACGAUUUUCCUGGAAUGGAUGAUGAGGUCGAUGCUGCCGUUUACCACUAUGGAUUCUUGUAUUUCUUCCAUGAACACAUGCAGUAUGAGUACAGCUAUGCCUCAAAGAAGGUCAUACGCAUCAUGAGGACCAACUCCAUUCUCAACUGCUGAUAAGAUGGUCUGUGACUGUCAGCUGUGGCUUAGAAACAUGUAUAAAUAUAGCUGGCCACAUGGCAAAUGACUACAAACUUAAUAUACACAAACAUACAGACACUUCAAAAUGAGACAGGAUGCAGUGCAGUGAAUGAGCAGGGAAAUGAAUGCAUGCAGGGAAGAGUUAACAUAAGAAAAAUGUUUUAGUUUUACCAGUGCUGGACACAUGUAGGUCACGUAAUUUGUCAGACACAGAAUGCUGGAAAAUUCCUCGUUUAUAUACUAGAUUACUAGAUUAUUGCUAUUUAUUUUACAACUCUAAAUUUGUACAAAAAGACACAAGAUCCUUAGCAGGUUAAGUUUCUUGUCAGUGACAGUUGGUCUGUGAGCUCAUUAUUUAACUUCUUGUUACACUAAUGUUUUAGUAUUUCAACAAAGUGCUUUUGUAAGUUUUACGAUUUAUAGAAGCAGAGAGUAAAGUAAAGCUGUAUUAAUAACGUCAGUGUUAAAGAGCUUUGCUCCUGUCACCUUUUUGAAAGAGCAUUUUGAGGCAGAUUGCACUUAAUUUAUUAUCACAUUUAUUUUUCAACAUACUGCUUUUCAUCGGAUGUCAUUUUAGCACUGAAACAUUUCUGUGAAUUUUAUUGUCAGUAUUUUCUAAAGUGUUGACAAAUGAUUUAUUCCAAAAAAAUAUGUGAAAUGAAUUUAAUGUGUGUUGUCUUUGAUCAGGGCAAUAAAGUUGUGUGUCUUCCUUGCACACAACAUGCAACACAACGUGCAACAUGCACAUAUUUUAACUCAAACUUCAUUAUACUUUGUUACUAGUUGUUUGUUUGUGUGGGAAGUCAGAUUGGCUAAAUAAUGUUAAUGUGGCUGGGCUCUUGCCACCAUUCACAGACGGCAUGGUUGCACACAGUGCACUGACCAUGUGUAAUGAACUUCAGUCAGACAAGAGACUUGAAAGGUUUUGGAAAGCGGUUUUAUUCCUGAUCCUCUUCCAAGUAUUUGUGAUUUUUUUUUCCUGGAGCCAACUAUCAACCUCAGAGAUGGUUGUUGACUUAUUAUGGCAAAAAUGCAUGAUAUUAUG